AUGCAGUCAUCUUAUGGUUUUGUUGACUACUUUGAUCGUCGUUCAGCUGCACUUGCUAUUGUCUCGCUCAAUGGAAGGCAUCUGUUUGGGCAGCCUAUAAAAGUGAACUGGGCAUAUACUAGUGCACAGCGAGAGGACACAUCGACUCAUUUCAACAUAUUUGUUGGCGAUCUUAGCCCGGAGGUUACUGAUGCUACCUUAUAUGCUUGCUUUUCUGUGUAUCCUAGUUGCUCAGACGCAAGGGUGAUGUGGGACCAGAAAACUGGCCGUUCAAGGGGCUUUGGUUUUGUUUCCUAUCGCAAUCAGCAGGAUGCUCAAAAUGCAAUCAAUGACCUGAAUGGGAAAUGGCUUGGAAGCAGACAACUGCGUUGCAACUGGGCUACAAAAAGUGCCAGUGGUCUAGGCGAUGAUCUGCCGAAUUCUGAUUCGAAAAACAUUGUGGAACUAACCAAUGGAACAUCUGAAGAUGGUCUAGCAAAGAAGAAUGAAGACACCCCAGAAAACAAUCCCCAGUACACUACAGUCUAUGUUGGCAAUCUUACCCCUGAAGUGACAUCAGCUGAUCUGCACCGCCAUUUUCACGCACUGAGGGCAGGCACAAUCGAGGAUAUCCGUAUCCAACGAGACAAAGGCUUUGGCUUCGUGAGGUACAGUAACCAUGCUGAGGCAGCCCUCGCUAUCCAGAUGGGCAAUUCCCAUUUGUUUUACGGCAAACCCAUCAAGUGCUCGUGGGGCAGUAAGCCAACGAUACCUGGGUCGAGCUCCGGGCCUCUGCCGCCACCAGCAGCAGCGGAGAUUCCCGGUUUUUCAGCAGCCGAGCUUGCUGAGUAUGAAAGACAGGUGGCACUCAGCAAAAUGGGUGCACAGGCUGCUCUCAUGCACCCACAGGCUCGACCUAAUCAGGCAGUGUAUGAUGGUAUGGGAUAUUCAGGGAUUGCCACAACUCAGCCACCCUUUUAUUACCAGGGUUGA